AAGUUCAAUUAUAUCGAAGACUGCAAUUUCUAUUUAUUUUUCAAAGUUUAUUCCUUACGGCGUCAUGCAACUGGCAUUUUAUUUUACUUUUAGCAGUUUACCAACAGUUGAGGUCGUUCAAAGUAAAAGGAAGAGCGUCAUACCACCACCAGAGGAAGUUUCAAGAAUGUCCAUUGUAGAAAUUGUAACCCAUGUUAGAGAGUAUGAGAACAUUUAUGCCCUUGCUGUAAGUGUUAUGCAAUGUUACAUUGGGGAACCAUGCUAUCCAUAUUUCACUACGCCAAAGCAACUGUAUCCAUAUAUACUGCACUUAUGUAGUGAAAUGGAUCCUUCUAUCAUUCAACAAGAGUAUGAAAUUCACAAACCAAAGGCAAUAGAAUUGACUGUUGUAAUACAGGAAGCCCAAAUUAUUCAUCCCAAAUAUUCAGAUUUCGUCAAUGUUUAUUGCAAAAUUUGGACAGACGCUGGUAUCAAACGUCAAACUGCUAUUCGUCAUUCAAGCAUAAAAUUGCUUUGGGAUGAUGCAUUUACUUUCGAGUUGAAGAAAUAUCCGACUGAAAUUCUACACAUCGAAGUAUGGUCAGUUCGCCCUGGUGGCUCUAAACAAAAGAAUACUGGUAUUGUAAGUCUUUCCGAUGUUACAAAAACGAGAGAUAUCUAUGCAGAAUCUGAUUAUCUGGUUGGAGACAUUAUAAAACCGGUUCAUGAUUUACCUUGCCUUGGUCAAGACGUUCUUUGGCCUUUGAGGAAAGGUCCUCGGAGAGUUUACACUCGAGGUCAAGUGAAAAUGUACAUUCAAUUAUGUGCAAGAAAAGAUGAUGAUCAUAUAUAUCAUAUCCAAAUGUAUAUGCAGCUGAUGAAAAUGGCUUAUGAAAAGAAUCUGGAAUUCCUAGAACAUACUAUACUUUGGAGAAACUGGUUAGAAAUUCUUCCUAAUCCGGCAUUGACAUUAAUUCAACAACUUGCUUUGCAACACGGCAUCGGACCAACUGAACAAUGCAUAUGCUCAUGGCUCUUGGCUGCUACUUUGAAAAUGAAAGGCGAAGAACGUAUGAGUUUUUAUUUUUUACAUGUUCUCUUAGAAGGGUUAAUUUUCGAUAUAGCAGCUGAUCCUGCAGCAGAUUACAUGGAAGCAGCGUUAAUACACAGCAUUGAGAGAUUUACGGAAUACAUUUUUAAAACCUUAAAGCAUCUACACGAGAAAUUUAAUGUUGAAAACAAAGACAAUGCUGAUGAGUUAUAUUUCCUACUCAAGUGCAUAAAUGCAUCAGAAAUCGAAGGAAAUGAAAAUUAUCGCAAAUCUUAUGAUAUUGUCGCUCAAGAAGCUUACACUUGGUAUUUCGCAGUAAUUAAUGAAAAUAGAUUUGGUCUCGAGGAGGACGAUCAAGAUGUUGGAAAAGUUUCUACUUGCCUAUCGGAAAUUGUAAAAAUUUUCUUGAGAAACCAAAUACUUCUGGACGAUAUUUUCAAGAGGGCUUGGGAAGUCAAUUACAGCGUAAUUUCUCUCAAAGUUCUGGACCAGGUGGUGAAGGAUAUCAUAAAGCCAAUCAUUGAACAUGUAGUGUAUGUGGUGCAAAAUCGGGACAAGGGAAGGGAUGUCGAAGAGUCUCUGAAAAUGUUACAGCUCUACCAUAAUGUUCGAAAUUUAAUUAAUUACGUAACUAUCGAUCUUUCAGCAUCACGAGAUAAAUUGUUCAUGGAUGAUUAUUCACACUGGUUCGGCGAAGACUUGAUUCUUGAAUGGUUUUUGCUUUGUGAAAUUUAUACUAAGCCAUUCAUUGAGAGAGCGGUAGCAUUUGAUAAUAUGGAGCGGAUUAAUGAAAUGAUUUAUCAUGGUAACUCGGUUCCUGACGUGGCAGCAAUUGUUGAUGAAAUAGUAAUAGACGUGUGGAUGAAAUUGAGUUGGGAAGAACAAAUUUUCACUCAGAGUGCUUUGACACAAGCUAUUAAAACCUGCGUAACUGGCUAUGUGGAAGCUAUGUAUAACAAAAUUGGAGAGAAUCAGUUCUUCUCUGAUAUAAAGCAAUUUAAUGUGGAUGAGAAACUUUGUGUGGCUCUGAGCAAUGUUCAUGCAAUGUUUGAUCACCUUCACUUGACAAGAAACAAAAUAUUAGCAGUCCUCAGUCAGACUGAAAGUGAUUAUGGCUUCAUUGUAAAAGAUCAAGUUUCAAAAGUUGAAAGCGAAUUAACAAUGCAGGUAUCCGAGGUUGUCCAUGAAGUCUUUCAACAAGCAAGUAUACUUCAAUUACAAACAUUCUAUGCCCACUACUAA